CUUAUCCUCAGAUGCCAUGAUUCGUAAGAACUAUAGUUUGGCAGCCGAGCUCAAAAAGCAGGAGAGUAAGAAGCAGAACAAGAUACGGGCCCGCCAGAAGCAACAGCACAGCUUGGAUAAAUUGAAAAACACCGAUCCCAUAGCUCUUUAUAAGAAGAUUCAGAGACUCAAGGAGAACUCUCUAGACAAACAGGAUAAGUAUCUCAAAGGCUUGGAGGCAGACUGGCAGUUCAUUCUCAAGAACGGGCUCCACAAGGACAAAGUUGAAGGUUUCUUAAAGACAGUUGAAAAGGAGCUGGCUGAAAGGGAAGUACUACGAAACAAGCUUUGGGGUCUGCAAUCGGUAUACUUCAACCCUGAGUUGAACCCUUUGGGAAAGGUUCCCGACCCUCAGAGACUACCACCGGGUAUAACUACACCCAUUGGGAACCAUACUCUCCCGCUAAAACCAACUUUAAAAAAGACAUAUGCUCCCGAUCCCAUAAUCGAGCAGCUCAACAUUACACCACCAGAAGGUGCACCACCUCAAUUCUAUAAACAAGUCUACAACACCGGCAGACACCACGUCACGAGCAUCGAAUCCGAUGACCCCCCGAAACGAUUUCGCCUGCUUUAGGUUUGUGUAUAUUAGUGUACAGUAGAAAACCAUACAUACAUUACAAUGCUAUUUACAA